AGGAAGAAGAAGAAACCUUUGGAGAAUUAGAAAAACAAGGAACAACAAAUCCAGCGAGUCCACUUUGUACAGGUCAAGAACAAUUUGGCUUAAGUGCUGAUGAAGAUGAUGGACAUCGUUUGUAUGAGUUUUCUAUAAGGUCUAUUUCAAAAUAA